AUGUCUCUGUUAAUUCUGUCAUCAGCUACGGAACUAGCACAAGCUCACUUCCACCGACUGAUUCACGAUUUUGCCUUCAUUUUAUCCGGUUUGACCCGGCUCUUGAACAGUCCGCUUACGCCCACCUACCUGCCCGGAUCGACCAAAAAGGUUCAGAUGCAUCAGGAGUUGCUUGUCCUGUUCUGGCGAAUGUGCGAGAUCAAUAAGAAGUUCAUGUAUUAUGUGUUAAAAUCCAGUCAAGUGCUCGAUCUGCUCGUGCCGAUCCUCUAUCACCUGAACGAUUCCCGAUCAGAUCCGGGUGAGUUUUGCGUAGGUUUCUGCUGA